AUGACAGAAAUUUUUAAAAGUUUUGAAAAGGAUUUUAUCGAGCUUUUAAUAGAAUGCAGAAAAACUAUAGCAAAAAGUGACAUCGAUUCUUUAUUAAAACUUAAAAGCGAUUUGGCUCAAGCCGAAAAGUACCUAAAACAGAUGGAAAUAGAGGUUUCUAUGAUGCCAAUCACCACAAAAGGUUCUUUACUAGCAAAAACUAAGAGAUAUCGUAAAGAAUGGCAAGAAUUAGACAACAGGCUGCAAUGGGAAAAGUAUGGGUCCUCCAGUAAACCAAAUAAAGAUUUAUUAAUCGAGUUUUCCAAUGUAAAUGAUCUUGUCCAUGACCAAAAACUUGCCAAAGUUCAGAACUUAGCUUUAGACCAAAGAUCAAGACUAGAAAAUGGAAAAAAAGUUGCACUAGAAACAGAAGGUAUCGCAAUCGACACUAUGACCAGCCUAAAAGCCCAAAGAGAUGUAAUUGCAAAUUCAACUACAGGCGCUCGAGAAAUCUCUAGAGACCUAGGAAAAUCCAACAACCUAAUAAACACAAUGCAAAGGAGGUCUAUCGCUAACAAACUCAUAAUGUUUGGCAUCAUUUUUCUGCUAAUUGCUACUAUUGGAGUUGUAGUCUAUGAAAAAUUCAACAGAGACAAAUCAGUUUAA